UUUGUUUUGUGUGUAUUCUGAUAAAAUUCCGGAGGAAGAAAUCAAAGGCGGGAUAUCAGAGUAGGGAUGGGAUCCGGAUCGUUGAUCAAAGUUUUAGCUAAGAACUUUGACGUUCUUGCCGGGCCUGUUAUUACACUUGUUUAUCCACUGUAUGCUUCAGUAAAAGCAAUUGAAACAAAAUCUCCUAUUGAUGAUCAGCAGUGGCUCACAUACUGGGUGCUGUAUUCUCUGUUAACAUUGUUUGAGCUUACUUGUGCAAAGCUAAUUGAAUGGCUACCCUUUUGGCCUUAUGCUAAACUGAUUUUCAGCUGCUGGUUGGUUUUACCUUACUUCAGCGGCGCUGCUUAUGUCUACCAGCAUUAUGUGCGGACCAUAUUUUUGCAAAACCAGACCACCGUAAACAUGUGGUAUGUACCACGUAAGAAAAACAUUUUUAGUGAGCCAGAUGAUGUUCUUUCGGCAGCAGAGAGAUUUAUUGAAGAAAAUGGGCCCGAUGCAUUUGAAAAGCUGAUAAACAAGGCACGUAGGUUAUCUAAUGAGAAGACUGGCAAGGGCGAAAAAGCGAACAAGUCUGAUGUUUCGGAGGCUGCGAAAGUUGCAAAAUCAAAAAAGAAGAAGCACGUUUCGUUUAAUUUGGAGGAAAAUGAAAGAGAAUCUAAGUUGGAGAAUUACCGGAGCCCUGCAAUUUAUGAUGAGGUCAGGACUGACAGCGAACCAAAGUUGUGGAGCAGCAGCAGCUUUCCAAUCUUUGAUGCUGAUUACAGCUACUGGGACUAAGGCCGCUAUUAUUUAUUGUCAUCAAGAUGAACCGAGCACAAUCAAUACACAUGCUGCUUCCCUAUGUUUAUAUGCGCAAGCAGAUGUACUAACCACCACCAACAUUGUUUAAGCUACGUGCAAUAUAAGUUUAAAGGAAGGAGAAAUCUUUUCGGUCACUA